AUGACUUCACACUCUCUGAAUCUCGAUGAAGAUGACAUUCGCGCUAUCCAGCGUACCUUGGCAUUCUCUGCCGAGAGAAAGAAUCAGGUCGCAAGAGAACAUGCAAUUUUCAAAGGGAUCGAGCACACUACAGGAACUGGAACAAGCACAGCGUCUGUCACUGAUAUCGAUUGGGAUAUCAAUACCCUCAGCCAGCACACAUCCAGUCGAGACUUUCCUCCUGGACUGGCCGAGGACGAGUUCAAUGUCUUUCAAUACUCCGGCGCAAUUCUGUUCAUCGCAGCGACCCACUCGAUCACUCUCCCGAUCACGCAUUCUCAACUAGCUGAUGUCAUCCUCAUGUACUAUUUUCACACAGCCGGAUACUCUGCAGGUGAGUACAUUGCCGGUCAAGAACUUCUCAAAAGCAAAUACAAAACAAGCCUGAUAACUAACUACACCAGAUAUGCCUGGCCUGGAUACACAGAAUUUUCGUCAAAGGUGCGUGAAUCAUUUAUGGAAAGAUUGAGGACUGAAAAUUAUAACUGCUUUGAUGAUUUGUUCAAAAUUUAUGAGGGACAUCGUGCAACAUCAUCAUCUAAGGCGGACUCGGGAUCAGAAAGCAACGAACCUGGACCUUCGCAUGCCAAACCAUCUGUCAGAGAUGCACAUGAGGCAAUGCCAUUUCAAGAAUCUACAAACAAAGAAGUGACGCAGCUUGAACGCGACUUAAUCAGACUCAUUAAAGAGUACUUCGCAGCAAAACAACUGGUCUCUAUCGGAGUGGCAUUUGGUUAUCUUCUUGUCAGACCUGUGGCGAAAUCAACGGAACACGCAAUCAUAAAAGGAAAGGGAUUCGGCAAAUUGCCCACACGUUAUGGUUUGGACAUGAAUCCGAGCAUAACCUUCAACUUCGCAGCACAAGCCAUUGAGGCUAUCCGCAUCAACAUGACAGCUUAUGCAUCCACUGUUGCCACUUAUCUUCAAAGCUUGAUUGAGUUCAUGGACACUCCGGAAGUAGCCACAAGCGUGCCCGAGAGAUGUAAAAUUCAGAUCAAAGCCCUAACAGAAAUCAGACUAGCAUUUUUUUGGAAUGGUGCUAGGAUUAAGUGUGGCCGAGAAGCUCAAGAUAACAGCGGAUCUGCGGGCUUGAUCGUUGUUGAUGAAAUUGACUCGGAAAUGGCCAAAGUGCUUAAACGUCGAUUGAUGGAGAAAAGGAAAGCUCCAUCUGAGAAGUACACCGGCCUUGUCUCAUCUCGGGUCCCAAUCGUUCCUCAUGUACAAGAACCUGGCACAAGCGCUUUCAGCUCUCCUGCUACAGUUAGUGUCGAAGCAUUCAAGAACCUAUCAGGAAUCAGGAAAUAG